CUUUGGAAUCGUGGACGCUUCCAGUUUCCAGUUGUCAAAGUUAGCUGCUUGUAUUUGGUCUUUUCUAUUUUUGUUUACGCCUCAGCAAAAUGUGCACGAAUAGAUAACAAUAAGGGCGCGCAAAUAAAAGCAACUUAAAUGCAACAGCAGCCACAAUGGAGCUUAGCCUAACCGAAAACUGAACAAAAUAUAAGACAAAAUUGUUCAAAGCUGCCUCACAAAUUAACAUAAUUAAGGUGCGCGCAUAAUGAUCAAAUGACAAUGUGAGAGAUACCAAGAAGAAAAGAAAAAAGAAACAAGACUCUUUAAAAACUGAAAGCGGCUGCCGAACAACAACAACAAUUAUUACGAGUGUAAAAGGCCGAAAUAGCUAAACACGAAAAAUCAAAGCGAGGGAUCAUCAACACUAUAAAAUUUAAAUGAGGCGACAACAACAACAGCAACACCAACUGGGACGGAGGCAUCGCUGAGGCACAAAAGCGAAAUGUGCAUCUUUAACGCCACACUAAUGCGCUGCUCCACACAAUCAAUACAAAGCAACAACAACGGCAACAACAAUAGCAACGCGACAGCUACAACAACAAUAACCACAACAAUUGCAUAAGCAACAAAGCGACUCCAAAGCGACGCCUCAAGCGACCUCAUUUCAGCAAAUCGCAAUCUUUGCCCAGCUUGUCGACCCUACGCGCAGUCACUCGACCGGCACGGGGGGGUUGCGGGGUGCUGAGAUCAUUUUUUUCUUCUUCUGCUUUUCGCCUCACACAUAUUUGCAUUGCGCAUACGCAACGUUAGCCGGCGGCAUGGAUGCAAUGGAGCUGCUGCAUCAGCUAUGCGUCAAUAUUGUUUGGAUAUUUAAGAUCUAUCUGAAAUUUGCAUUCAUCACGGUGAUCAUAUACUUGGUAGCCGAAUGGUAUAUAGUGCGCUAUGGCAUCGAACUGGAGGAUCAGCUGGAUGGGCAUGUGGCACCGAAUGAGCGUCCGGCCUCGAAUAGCACGCUGAGUAAAGUGUUUCGUUUCGUAUUGAACUUCUUUAUCAUCUGAGAACUAGAUUAACCACCUGAUACACGCCUUAGCCAAGCAAGGUCAGCUCACAGCUCGUAAAUCGAACUCGGAUUCGUAUUCGAAUUCGGAUUCGCAUUCGAAUCGAUUGCGGAAUUGCAAUUCGCUUCGCGCGCUUUGUUUUGUUUUCGCCGCAACCGCCAAGGCCUGCAAGAGAAUGUAAAGCCCAACCAGUUAGCAUUAUUCAAAAAAAAAACAAUCACAAAAAUCAAGUAAAAUAAAAACAACAAAUACAUUCUUUUUCAUGUAAUUACGUAGCAACAACAAACAAAC